GGGGUGGAGGGACCUGAGAGGUUUGGGAUGGAAGGACCUGGGGAGUUUGGGAUGGGGCAGCUGUGGGAUUUGGGAUGGAGGGACCUGAGAGGUUUGGGGUGGAGGGACCUGUGGGAUUUGGGAUGGAGGGACCUGGGGGAUUUGGGAUGGAGGGACCUGAGAGGUUUGGGGUGGAGGGACCUGUGGGGUUUGGGAUGGAGGGACCUGAGGGGUUUGGGGUGGAGGGACCUGUGGGAUGCAGGACACAGGAACCCAAAGGAUUUGGGGUGGAGGGACCCAUGCAGGGGAUGCAGGACAGAGGGACCUGGGAGAUUCGGGCUGGAUGGAAGGGUCUGUGGGGUUUGGGGGGAGUGGUCUGUGGGAUUUGGGAUGAAGGGACCUGCAGGAUGUGGGGUUUGGCAGGAGGCUCUGUGGGAUCUGUGGGAUUUGGGACGGAGACAUCAAUGGCAUUUCUCAGGAGGAUCUGUGGGAUCUGUGGGAUUUCUCAGGAGGAUCUGUGGGAUUUCUCAGGAGGCUCUAUGGGAUCUGUGGGAUUUCUCAGGAGGAUCUGUGGGAUCUGUGGGAUUUCUCCUGCCUGGCUGGAGCAGGGAGGCGCCUGCAGCGUUCGUUCACUCCCAAAGGCAGACCCGAGGUUUGCAGAGGUUGAACCGAGGAUGAGACCCAGGGAUUGGGAUCAUUCCCGGGGAUUGGGAUCAUUCCCAGGGAUUGGGAUUGUUUCCAGGGAUUGGGAUCGUUCCCAGGGAUUGGGAUCAUUCCCAGGGAUUGGGAUCAUUCCCAGGGAUUGGGAUCAUUCCUGGGGAUUGGGAUCAUUCCCAGAGAUUGGGAUCGUUCCUGGGGAUUGGGAUCAUUCCCAGGGAUUGGGAUUGUUCCCAGGGAUUGGGAUCAUUCCCGGGGAUUGGGAUCAUUCCCAGAGAUUGGGAUCGUUCCUGGGGAUUGGGAUCAUUCCCGGGGAUUGGGAUCAUUCCCAGAGAUUGGGAUCAUUCCCAGGGAUUGGGAUCAUUCCCAGGGAUUGGGAUUGUUCCUGUCACAAUAAACAGGAUCCAAACACACAAAGUGGUCUGGGAUGUACCAAGAGGAAAACCCAACACCAGAACACCCCCAAACCCAAACCAGAGCCCAACCCCAAACCCAACCCCAAACUGAAACCAGAACCCAAACCUGAACCCAAUCCUAACCCCAAACCCAAUCCCAAACCCAAACACAAACCAGAGCCCAAACCCAAGCCCAAACCAAAUCCCAAAACCAAACCUGAUCCCAAUCCCAAACCCAAUCCCAAACCCGAACCCAACCCCAAACCCAAACCCAAACCCAAUCCCAAUCCCAAACUCAAUCCCAAACCUGAGCCCAAACUGAAACCAGAACCCAAACCUGAACCCAAUCCUAACCCCAAACCCAAACCCAACCUCAAACUGAAACCAGAACCCAAACCUGAACCCAAUCCCAAACCCAAACCCAAUCCCAACCCCAAACACAAACCAGAGCCCAAACCCAAGCCCAAACCAAAUCCCGAAACCAAACCUGAUCCCAAUCCCAAACCUGAGCCCAAACUGAAACCAGAACCCAAACCUGAACCCAAGAACAACCCAAACCAAAUCCUGAUCCCGAUCCCAACCCCACCCCAAGCAGCCCCAGGACCCCCCGGACCCUCCUGGCUGAAGGCCCCAAAAUCCCAUUUUUAUUUUUGCCUUUUAUUAAAAACUCACCGGGAGGGGAGGCUGGGGAAGGACGAGACACCAAAAUAA